UAUAAAAUAUUUGUCAUCAUCGUAGCCAUUUUGCCACCUUUUCUCCAACAUCACUCACUCAGCCAAAAACAGUUUACAAAAUCACCUUCUUUAUUACUUCCAACCGCUCAGCCUGAAAAUGCCGUCCACGGAGGAAGGAGGCGGCGCCGUCGGAGCAGUUUCCACUGAUCAAACAAUCACCAACAACAACGAUUUCGUGAGCAUUCGUAUUGACUUGCUACGCUGGAAGGGCGAAUUAGCGAAUCUCGAGUCAUUAGUCAAAGCUUCCAACGGCACAUGCAAUCCAUUGAUCCGAAAAGUCCCAUCAACCCUUAGCCGUAACGAAGAUUUCAAGAAGUAUUUCAAGCCGAAAGUGAUCUCAAUCGGCCCACUCCACCACGAUGAUGGCACCCUCCAAGAAUCCAAUGAUCUCAAGCUCAAAUUAGCAGCACAUUUCGUCAGAAACAUUGACGACAAUGAGGAGUACAGCAACAUGAAGGCAGAGAUCGAUGACUUAAAGAAAUGCUAUGAUCCACAGGAAUUAGCGAACUAUAGCGACGAUGACGAGGAACUGGCUUGGAUGUUCUUCGUUGACGGCUGCGCAAUUUUACAAGCAGUUUAUAUGCGUUACGGUGAUGAUAUUUCUUCUGAAUAUGACCGGUUGUUUAUUAAAAACGAUUUGCUGACAUUUGUGUACUCGGAUCUGUUAUUGUUGGAGAACCAAAUACCUUUUCGUGUUCUUGAAUUGCUUACAAGCUCGAGUGAUGGCGAAAAGUUCAUGAAUGCAGUCAAAAGGUUCAUCGACGACAGUGUUAUCACCCCAGCCGAGGACAGAUUUGGCUCUAGUGAAUGGUGGCCGCAGCAAGAAGGAGAGCGAAUUCACUUAUUGCAUCUACUACGAGUAAGACUCCUUUUCAAAAAAGAAAAACCAUGGGGGUGGGGAAUUCAAAAAAGACUCCUUUUCAAAAUAGAAAAACUACGGCGGUGGUGUUUUCCGUUUUGCAUUGAACACGAAGAUAGAACAGAAGAAAGAACAAAACGGUGCCAUUCACACACCAUUCAUAACGUAAAAGAGCUUAAAAAACUCGGGAUAUCGUUAAAAGCCAGCGAAACAAGUUGUUUAACCGACAUCAGUUUCAACCGUAUCUUAUUCGUCGGAAAAUUAUGUUUACCGCCGAUCUCCGUCGAUGAUUCAACCAUGAACUUAAUAGCUUACGAAAUGUGUCCGGAUUUCCACAACGAUUUCGCCGUCACUUCAUAUAUGUGUUUCCUUGAUUUAUUGAUUGAUGAAGCCGAAGAUGUUAAAGACCUGAGAGACGCCGGCAUACUAUACAACAGAUUGGGGAGUGAUGAAGAAGUGGCUAAGCUUUUCAAUAAGAUGAACACUGGUUUGGUUCCUAGUCCGAUGAUUUACAGUGGGGUUAAACGGAAAAUACAUGAUCAUUGUAAGACUACGUGGAUUAAGCAUUUUGCUCAAGGUUAUCAUACUUAUUUUAGGAGUCCUUGGACGUUUUUGGCAUUUAUGGGUGCCAUUACAGCACUUUUGCUUGGUGCUUUGCAGACUUAUUAUACCAUACAUCAACAAAACUAAGACUCAUCCAAUCACAAAAAUUAAAGGCUGCUUGAAGAGCCCUAAAGGAUUCAAGGCAUCAAAGCUUUGUAUAUUAUAUUUGAGUUUAAUUUAUUAUAAAUAUUGAAUGUUAAUAAAAUUUUUAUACAUUUUACCAAUGCUCUUUAAUUUUGUUUGUAUAUACAAUUUAUAGUGUGGGUCAAUUUGU